AUGGCUUUGAAGCGCAUCAAUAAGGAGCUGACGGACCUGGGCCGCGACCCCCCCUCGUCUUGCUCUGCAGGACCUGUUGGCGAAGAUCUGUUCCACUGGCAAGCCACGAUUAUGGGACCUAGCGAUUCUCCUUACUCUGGCGGCGUAUUCUUCCUGGCGAUCCACUUCCCCACAGACUACCCCUUCAAGCCUCCCAAGGUCAACUUCACAACCCGCAUCUAUCACCCCAACAUCAACUCGAACGGCAGUAUCUGCUUGGACAUCUUGAGAGACCAAUGGAGUCCUGCUCUGACGAUCAGCAAAGUCCUGCUCUCGAUCUGCUCGAUGUUGACGGACCCUAACCCCGACGACCCUCUGGUUCCCGAGAUCGCACACGUCUACAAGACAGACCGUCCUCGAUACGAAGCUACCGCCCGCGAGUGGACCCGGAAGUAUGCCAUCUAG